AGCUGACGUCAAUAGGAUAGUAGGAUAGAGGAUGGUUCGCAACGGCGCAAUGAGAUCAGCCACGCCUGCGUGAACUCUGCCAGUUCCAGCUGCAUGGGGAGUUCGGGCAGACGGGCAGGAAGGAAUUUGGGGGCAAAGAUGGCGGAGUUCAUCGCCGACGCUCCUCUCGCCCAGUGUGAAACUGAUCCCGACGAUUGGCAGGAUUUUGCCGACCAUCAUCAGACUCAUUCUGUGAAUACUUCUCAUCAAUCUUCACACGAUAGCCAUGGAGGGGACGAUGAGCCAUGCAACGAUGAGGAGUCAGACAGUUUCGCCGAGACCCUCUCCGAAUCCUUGGAAGACCUCGUGAAUACGUUUGAUGAGAAAAUCACCAAGUGUUUCUGUAACUACUCUGAGAAUGUCUCGAAAAUGGCUCCUGUGCAAGUUAGGAGCCAGGAGGAGAUCAUGAACGACUGCCAGAUGUGGUGGACGAUUACCGGGAACUUUGGGAACAUCCUGCCGAUCGACUGGACUAAGUCGUAUGCGAGGAAACUCCACCUGCCGGCCCUCAACUUGAACGAGAAGGGAAAUCCAAGUCCAGAGGCUUCUCCCAGCGACGAUGCCCUCACAAGUGAAGACGAGGCUGUCGCGUUGGAUCUGGACAUGCAUGCUCUCAUCAUUAAUGGGUUCCAGCCUGAGCCCAUCAAAGGAGCCGAUGAAGUCAUCAAAGAAAUCGACGAUCUCAUGAAAGAAUCCCACUGCAGUGAAGAGAGUGGAGUCGGGUCCGAAUCCCCUGAUCCCAUGGACAUGAGGAAGGACUCGCUGUCAAGUCCACUUUAUAAAGACAAAUUGGAAGGCCUGAGCAUGAGUCAGUUGAAUGAACUCUAUGCGGAACUGGAGAUGAUGAUCAAAGAAUAUUCGGAGACCCUAAUUGACCAGCUGGCACUCAGGGAUGAGCUGGAGUUUGAGAAGGAAAUCAAGAAUCAGUUCAUCUCUCUCCUCCUCAGCAUCCAAAACAAGAAACGACAGGCAAAUACAGAGAAGAGAAAGUCGAGAAGCAAAAGCAUCAGUGAUGCAAAGUAUCUGACAACUGUUAUUCCAUACCACAUGGAGGAUGGAGUGCCUGACCUAGGAACUCUCCAGGUUCUCAUCAAAAUUCUGAAGGCAGUGAAUGAUGACAGUCCAACUGUCCCAACCCUUCUCACUGACUACAUACUCAAAGUGCUGUGCCCAUCAUGAAAUGAGUCUCCAUCUCAUCAGAGUGAUCAGUUGAAGCAUCUUUUUAGCAUCUCCUUCAUUUUUUUGGCUAUUUGCUGGCAUCUCUAAAGUCACUUGGUAAUACUCAUUUUCUGGUACCUGCUAGAAAAAUCAUCUUGCUAUUCACUGUAACUACCUUUGUGUCCAAUACGUACUGCAGAAUGACCAUUUUACAAGCUUCAUACCAUGGCUGUUGUCACUCUGUUAAGUUUACUAUGUGAACCUUAUUUAAUUUCUGCAUUUUACGUAUCUCAGUAUAUUUGUAAUGAACUGCGCAGUGUUUCUACCACCUAUGCCAAAGAUAUAAGUUAUUUGAAAUACAAACUGUGAAAAUAAAGAUUUCUAUUGCACAUUCCAGGCAGUGACAGAAGAAACCAUUGUAUCAAAAGAAAGUUUUUGUCAAGGAAGUGCCGUUAUUGCUUCAGUAUAGUCCUAGUCACUUGUGAUUGAUGUGUUUUGCUUAUUUAAUGCACAUCCCAAGGUCUAUCCUGUUUUUUUUUUUUCACUCACUGUAUUUCUGAAAUUGAUCCCAGAAAGAACUCACACCUUGAAUAUCUCAGAUUGGUUUUGCUAAGAAAUUCUGAUUCUAAGGGAUUGGCAAGAGGCAUGUUUGGUGGAUCUUGGAUCCAAUCCUCUAAUGGUUAUCUCUGACCUCAUCCUUAUUUAUAACAUUACCCACAAGUAUUAGGUGGGAAGGGGAAAUUUUCCCCCAUUUUUUGUGCUACUCAUAAUUUUUUUAAAGACAUCAGUGUGAGAGAGAGGUCUGCAGCUAUUGUUUCAGAUGCUCCUCUUGUGAUAUCAUGUGUUCCUCUUUGUACGAAUGAAGUAACUCCUCUGUCAACCACCCUGUGAUUUCUUACCCCUAUUUGUAGAGUUUACAUCAUCUUUUCUCCAUCUUGCUAUUGUUUUCUGAUACUGGUCAGUAGUUUGAGGGAAGGUCUUGAACCUUUUCACUUCCAUGAAUAUUGGGAACCCCAAAUGUUGAUGUCCCUGCACAGUUACAUGAUGGUUUUCCCACCAGUUUCAGCUAGUUGUCUUGUAUUUGGUUACAUAGUUUGUCUGGCAUUUCUCAUGUAGUAAGAAGCUUUAUUGAAAGUCUUCUGUUGUUCUUAUCCAUUGCAUUGAAGAGGUAUAAUGUGAUUAUGUUUGUCUUGGAGAAAGUUGAUACUGUUGUAUGUCUGCACAACUGUGGCCCCACUUAUGCACAUCAUGCUUGGU